GAAUAAUGCAUGAGCGGAGUGCCCAGGCCAGGCGGGGGCUGGGCGGGGAUUGGCUGGAGGGGCUGUAAUUCAGCGGUUUCCGGAGCUGCAGCGGCGUAGACCGGGAGGGGGAGCCUGGGGUUCCGACGUCGCCGCGGAGGGAGCGAGCUCGAACAGGAUCCUUGACGAGCACCCCUACUUGGCGCUCUCCCCGUGUCUAAUAGGGGAGACUCUGCGGCCUGAGGGAGCCCUGCGGCCCGCACCCCGGCGCAAGCGCAGCCCCGGCCAGUCGGGCCUCAGCCGGAGCAGCAGUUGUGACCCCUGAUUCCAGCAGAAUGGCCCAAUGGAAUCAGCUACAGCAGCUGGACACACGGUACCUGGAGCAGCUUCACCAGCUGUACAGCGACAGCUUCCCGAUGGAGCUCCGGCAGUUUCUGGCCCCUUGGAUUGAGAGUCAAGAUUGGGCAUAUGCAGCCAGCAAAGAAUCCCACGCCACUUUGGUGUUUCAUAAUCUCUUGGGUGAAAUUGACCAGCAGUAUAGCCGCUUCCUGCAGGAGUCCAAUGUUCUCUAUCAGCACAACCUGCGAAGAAUCAAGCAGUUCCUUCAGAGCAGAUAUCUUGAGAAGCCAAUGGAGAUUGCCCGAAUUGUGGCCCGGUGCCUGUGGGAAGAGUCCCGCCUCCUCCAGACUGCAGCCACUGCAGCCCAGCAAGGGGGCCAGGCCAACCAUCCCACAGCCGCUGUGGUGACAGAGAAGCAGCAGAUGCUGGAGCAGCACCUUCAGGAUGUUCGCAAGCGUGUCCAGGAUCUGGAACAGAAAAUGAAAGUGGUGGAGAAUCUCCAGGAUGACUUUGAUUUCAACUACAAAACCCUCAAGAGUCAAGGAGAUAUGCAAGACCUGAAUGGAAACAACCAGUCAGUGACCAGGCAGAAGAUGCAGCAGCUGGAGCAGAUGCUCACUGCGCUGGACCAGAUGCGGCGAAGCAUCGUGAGUGAGUUGGCGGGGCUUUUGUCGGCUAUGGAAUAUGUGCAGAAAACUCUCACGGAUGAAGAGCUGGCUGACUGGAAGAGGCGGCAGCAGAUUGCGUGCAUUGGAGGCCCUCCCAACAUCUGCCUGGAUCGGCUAGAAAACUGGAUAACCUCAUUAGCAGAAUCUCAACUUCAGACCCGCCAACAAAUUAAGAAACUAGAGGAGCUGCAGCAGAAAGUGAGCUACAAAGGGGACCCCAUUGUACAGCACCGGCCCAUGCUGGAGGAGAGAAUCGUGGAGCUGUUCAGAAACUUGAUGAAAAGUGCCUUCGUGGUGGAGCGACAGCCCUGCAUGCCUAUGCACCCUGACCGGCCAUUAGUCAUCAAGACCGGGGUCCAGUUUACAACGAAAGUCAGAUUGCUGGUCAAAUUCCCUGAGCUAAACUAUCAGCUUAAAAUUAAAGUGUGCAUUGACAAAGACUCCGGGGACGUCGCGGCUCUCAGAGGAUCCCGGAAAUUUAACAUCCUGGGCACCAACACGAAAGUGAUGAAUAUGGAAGAGUCCAACAACGGCAGCCUCUCCGCAGAGUUCAAACACCUGACCCUGAGAGAGCAGAGAUGUGGGAAUGGGGGCCGAGCCAAUUGCGACGCCUCCCUCAUUGUGACCGAGGAGCUGCACCUGAUCACCUUUGAGACCGAGGUGUAUCAUCAAGGCCUCAAGAUUGACCUGGAGACCCACUCCUUGCCAGUCGUGGUCAUCUCCAACAUCUGUCAGAUGCCCAACGCCUGGGCCUCCAUCCUGUGGUAUAACAUGCUGACCAACAACCCCAAGAACGUGAACUUUUUCACCAAGCCCCCGAUCGGAACGUGGGAUCAAGUGGCUGAGGUGCUGAGCUGGCAGUUCUCUUCCACCACCAAGCGAGGGCUGAGCAUCGAGCAGUUGAGCACGCUGGCAGAGAAACUCCUAGGACCUGGUGUGAACUAUUCAGGGUGUCAGAUCACGUGGGCUAAGUUUUGCAAAGAAAACAUGGCUGGCAAGGGCUUCUCCUUCUGGGUCUGGCUGGACAAUAUCAUUGACCUUGUGAAAAAGUACAUCCUGGCCCUUUGGAAUGAAGGGUACAUAAUGGGCUUUAUCAGUAAGGAGAGGGAGCGGGCCAUCUUGAGCACCAAGCCCCCAGGCACCUUCCUGCUGAGAUUCAGUGAAAGCAGCAAAGAAGGAGGAGUCACCUUCACUUGGGUGGAGAAGGACAUCAGCGGUAAGACCCAGAUCCAGUCGGUGGAACCAUACACCAAGCAGCAGCUCAACAACAUGUCGUUUGCUGAAAUCAUCAUGGGCUAUAAGAUCAUGGAUGCUACCAACAUCCUCGUGUCUCCACUGGUCUACCUCUACCCUGACAUUCCAAAGGAGGAGGCGUUUGGAAAGUAUUGUCGGCCAGAGAGCCAGGAGCAUCCCGAAGCUGACCCAGGUAGUGCUGCCCCAUACCUGAAGACCAAGUUCAUCUGUGUGACACCAACGACCUGCAGCAAUACCAUUGACCUGCCGAUGUCCCCCCGCACUUUAGAUUCAUUGAUGCAGUUUGGAAAUAAUGGUGAAGGUGCUGAGCCCUCAGCAGGAGGGCAGUUUGAGUCCCUCACCUUCGACAUGGAGCUGAACUCGGAGUGCGCUACCUCCCCCAUGUGAGGAGCCGAGGACAGGAGCUGCAGAGAGCGAUGACAAGGCACCUCCCCGAGGUCCACCACCCCUUAAACAGCCCCACCCCAGAGCAACUCAACUCCCAACUUUGUGGUUCCAGAUUUUCUUUUUUUCUGUCUCCUACUUUGGCUAUCUUUGAGCAAUCUGGGCACUUUUUAAAAUAGAGAAAGGAGUGAAUGUGGGUGAUACGCUUUUAUCUAAAUGCAAAUAAGGAUGCGCUCUCUGAGACUGUGAUGAGGGGAGGUGGAAGGGGUGGUGAGAGGAAGAAAGAGGAAAUGUCUUUUUUGUCCCCCCCUCCCUUCUCAGCAGCUUGUUGUUGUUGUUGUCAGACAAGUGCCUCCGGUGCCAGCGGCAUCCCUCUGCCCCUUUCUGUAAGCUAAUGCCACAGGCUGCCUCUCGCUACAUCCUCCUGGCAUUGCACUUUUAUCCUUGCUAAUGUCCAAAUAGAAGAUAGGACUUUUAAAGCCCCUAAGUUUCUUUUUAAACUUAUACAAAAAUUUUUUUUAAAGGGCAAAAAAACACUGCAUCGGCGUAGCAUUUUCUAUAUUUAAGAAAACUCAGUUAGUAGCCUCCUUGGUGCUUUAGCCAUUCAGCUUUCUUCAGGCUGAUAAUUUAUAUAAACUUCGACAUGAGCUUCAGGUCCAAUCCUUAAAAAGACAUCUGAAGAUGGGGCUUAGCAUUUGGUUUUGAGAUAGGAAGGUUGAAGGAGACCCUAAAUGUUCUAGACUUUUUACGAACCAGGUUUUUAUUUUUCCCUUUAACGUGUUGGCCUAUUAGUAGGUGAGGCUGGGCAGAGGGGCGCUUCCAAUCCAGCCUCCCUUUCUCCCUGGACUUUGCUCCUGUCUCCGAGCCUGGGUGGCUUCUGUGGGUGCCUUACAAGGGACAGAUGAUUCUCCCUGCCCCUCCCCAACCCCCUCUUGUGGCAUGGCUUCUUCUAGUGUCUAAAGGUCCCUUGUCCCGUUUGCUUUAGGCAUCCUGGUCUCAGGACCUUCUGGAAAAAGAGGGAGAGAGUUACAGGUUGAAGACAACUCCAACUAUGGGGCCCCAGUCAAGGGUCUAGUUGAGCUCAGGGAAUAUGGUUCUUGUUCCAGUUUCUUGGCGAUUUUCAGAGGCACCUGUAAUCACUUCUUCACUUGGUUAACCAGGGGGCAAAGGCUUAGUGAUAAACCUAGGGUGAGGGAGUGGGCACCCCAGCCUCCCUGCAGCGCUGGUGACUAUCUCUCCUCUACCCCCCGCCCCAGGGCCCCAAGAUGAGGCAGAACAACUCGCAUUUACUGUGCAUCUCAGAACACUUAGUAGCAUGCAGGGUGGUCUCUGACAUGGGGCUUCCUCAGACCCAAAGGCAUGGCUAGAUUUGGGUGGUCCAAGACCGCCUUGUCUCAGUUGAACAGAGUUUCUAGGGAAUUCUACUCAUGACACCCAAAUUCGCCAGUUUUUGAAAGAAGGGGGUGAGACCCUCUAAGACAAACAGGGGUUGAUAAGUAGUGGGGAGCAGUCCCCCUCCCUGCAACACUCUCUAGGUUGUAAUAAGCUUAACUUCAGGGACCUGGGGAAGGAUCUGGGCUUCGCUGGAGUAGAAAUUGUAAAACCCUGCGGCUUUUAGGUAGCAUGUGUAUCUGGUUUGAACCCUGAUUGUAGCAAAAGCCCAGAGGGGAGCUGUUCUGGCCCCUCCCUCAAAGAACGCAGUCCUCCAGGACCUGCCUGCUUUCUCUCCACCGUCUCCCUGCGGACCCCUGCCCAGCCGAGGGAUUCCCGUGGACGGCGGAACCUCCCCACACGGUGGUUUGUGAGACGCUGUCCUGGCCACUGCAUUCAAAUUCCAAUGUAUACUUACUUAAUAGUGUAAAAAUUUAUAUUAUUGUGGGUUUUUGGUUUUUUUUGUAUAUUGCUGUAUCUAACUUCCAGAAAUAAAAGUUAUAUAGCAACUGU